CGCCGAUGUAGGCGGUACCAUCAGUGUGGACUGUAGGAUUCGCCCGUGUUGUCCUUGCCUCAUUUAGCGGUGUCGUGAAUUAAAAAAUUAUUUUCCAUUUGGCGUAGGGCGCUGUUUUCUCAUCGCCCGGUUUGACUUAAAAAGACACUUAGUGAUGCCUCUUCAUAAAUUCCCUCCCAAAAUCUGGGACGCCCUGAAACUGAAGCAAGGUAUUUAUGCUCGCCUCCCUAAACAUUACCUGAAGUCUCUGGAGCCAAAAGAGCCCCCCGCUGUCCACUGGAGACCCCUGGGAGUGAAGUACAGAGCCAACCCAAAGACCGGUCUGAAAGAACGGGUGCAGGAUGUGCCAGUCCCUAUCUUCUACCCUCCACAAUCGCAGGAUGGCUUGUGGGGUGGCGAAGGCUGGAUAAGUGGUUUCAGAUAUGCCAACAAUGACAAAAUGUCCAAUCGUCUAAAAAAGACUUGGAGACCACAGCUCUUCAAAAGGGAGUUGUACAGCGAAAUCCUCGAUCACAAGUUCACCAUCACCGUCACAGCCCGCACUCUGGAUCUCAUCGAUGCAGCCUACGGCUUUGACUUUUAUAUUCUAAAAUCACCAAAGGAAGUCCUGAACUCCAAGCUGGGAAUGGACCUGAAGAGGGCCAUGUUGCUUCGGCUAGUACGCAGAAACACAGAACUCUACCCCAGCGAUGCUGUCAAAAGACAGAAGGUUUAUGACAAAUACAAGCAGUUUGAGAUUCCAGAGGAGGAAGCAGAGUGGGUGGGUCUGAGUCUGGAGGAGGCUGUUGAGAAGCAGAAGCAACUGGAGCACAAGGAACCUGAGCCGCUUUUUAAGGUCUGUGUGGAGGAACUGGUGGAGGAGCUGCUUGUCCAAAAACUGUCAGAGCCACACAUCACAGAGAAGAAAUGAUGACCUGGGACAGAUGCAGCUUAUCGUACUGAGAAAUGAAGCAGGUUCUGUCAAGCUUCUCUAGAAGGUUGUGGGACUUUGAGUCACCAACGUUUGCAGGAGAUCCUCCUGCACUUUUCCACAAAAAGGACACGGUGAUGUUGGAAUAAUGCGUAUUUAUUUUUUAAGUCUCUCUUUUGUCAAGACCAGUGCUUGAGACUUUUGGAAAUAAAGGAACAAGCUUGAAUCAGUGUCUACUUCCCAGCAUCUGACCAGAAGACGCUUAUGUGAAUAAAUAAAGUCCCUAUUUUAUUGCUCAUGUUAA